AUGUCUUCCUACAACCCUCGAGAAUCCGUCUUCAACCAGCCGAAACCCAUCGUCCAUCUUCCGCACGCCCUCCUCCAGUCCAUCACCAAGGCCGUACAACCCUACCCAAUCCCGGAAGGAAAGAAAUAUGAGUAUGGCACUGCGGGUUUCCGGAUGAAAGCCAACGCUGGCCUGGACCAUGUAAUGUUCACGGUCGGUCUCACAGCCGCUGCUCGGUCGAAAAAGCGGAAUGCCACGAUUGGUAUCAUGAUCACAGCCAGUCACAAUCCGGCCGAAGACAACGGAGUGAAACUGGUCGAUCCUAUGGGUGAUAUGCUCGAGCAAUCCUGGGAACAAUAUGCGACCACCCUGGCAAACACACCUAACGAUAGCCUUGCAACGGCAUAUGAGGUGUUGGUCAACGAGACACUUGUGGAUGAGAUCCGCCAACUUCACGAACGACCUGCUAAAGUCGUCUUCGCCCGGGACACUCGUGCCUCAGGCCCAUACCUAGUCAAUGCCCUCAAGGCUGCGCUGGACGCAGUCAAAGUCGAGUAUACCGAUUAUGGUAUUUUGACAACUCCCCAACUACACUACAUCGUACGCUGCGUCAAUACACUGAAUACUCCAUACGCCUUUGGUGAACCGACCGAGCAGGGCUACUAUGAGAAGAUGGCCAAUGCUUUCAAGACACUUAUGUAUGGACGAGCCAUCCAAGGCUCGGUGACUGUCGACUGUGCAAACGGUGUUGGUGGGCCCAAAUUGAAAGAGCUGAUCAAAUACCUUCCGAGCGCAAAAGAGGGCGGUAUCGACAUCAAGGUUGUCAACGAUGAUGUUGUUAGGCCAGAAGCUCUCAAUUUCGAGUGUGGAGCGGACUAUGUGAAGACCAAACAGCGAGCACCGCCUAGUUCAAACGCCCAACCAGGAGACCGUUGCUGUUCACUUGACGGUGAUGCUGAUCGCAUCGUUUACUACUAUACGGAUGAGCAAAAAACCUUUCACCUCCUAGAUGGUGAUCGAAUCGCCACGCUAGGGGCAGUUUUCCUGGCGGACAUGACUCGAGUUGCUGGAAUCGACAACAAGGUCAAGAUUGGACUCGUCCAGACAGCAUAUGCCAACGGUGCCGCCACUGAGUACGUGGAGAAAGUAUUGAAGCUACCUGUUACGAUCACGCCGACUGGUGUCAAGCAUCUUCACCAUGCUGCUGCCCGGUACGACAUUGGAGUAUAUUUUGAGGCGAAUGGACAUGGUACGGUUUUGUUCUCGGACAAUGCUAUCAAGAUCAUCAAAGAAUCCGAACCAAAGUCUCCAGGCCAGAAGCAUGCACUUGACUCGCUCCGCGCAUGUGUCGACUUGAUCAAUCAAACCGUGGGCGAUGCCAUUUCAGACAUGCUGUUCGCAGAGGUGGUACUUGCUCACAAGACAUGGACCCUGGAGAACUGGCGCAACACCUACAUUGACCUACCCAACCGCCUGGUACGCAUCGAGGUUCGCGACCGGUCGAUGUUCAAAACGACGGACGCUGAACGCAAGCUUGAGUCGCCGAAGGGUGCUCAAGAAGAGAUUGACAAGUUGUGUCAGAUGUACGUCAAGGGGCGAGCAUUCGCAAGAGCCUCUGGCACAGAGGAUGCGGUUCGGGUGUACGCCGAGGCACAUUCAAAGACGGAGGCCGACAAGCUUGCUCAGCAGGUCUCUGAGGUUGUUCGCAAAUAUGGAGUCUAG